UUCACUGCCUUUCAUUUCACUCUCCUCUGACUGUACGCAUGUAGGGGAAAUGGCAGGAACAAAUAUCUCUGUCGACAAGGACCAAUUCUGUUGCUCGGUGUGCUUGGAAGUGCUGUGGGAGCCGGUGACUAUUCCCUGCGGACAUAGUUACUGCAUGGAGUGUAUUAAAGGUUACUGGAGGAAAUGCGAGUUAAAAGAGGAAUACAGCUGCCCCCAGUGUCGACGCACCUUUAGCCCCAGACCUGCGCUGUCGAAAAACACCAUGCUGGCUGAUAUAGUGGAGCAACUGAGGAGAACCUCCGUUCAAGAUCCUCGUGCCAAGGCAGAGAAUGUGGAGUGUGACGUUUGCACUGGGAAGAAACACCGAGCUGUUAAGUUCUGUGUGAAAUGUCAGACGUUGUACUGCGAAAUUCACUUGAAGCUUCACAAUGAUAGGAAUCGAGGAAGAAUGCAUCCACUUAUUGAGGUUACAAAACAAGCGCAGAAAACAGUCUGUUCGCGGCACAAUAAAUUGCGGGAUGUUUACUGUCGCACAGACCAACAAUGCGUUUGUAGUUCGUGCUUAAAAGACGGACAUAAGGGGCACAGCGUGGUGUCGGUGAUGGAGGAGAGGAUGGAAAAACAGAAACAUCUUGAGGAGGCGUGGAAGAAGUCAAAACAGAGGUGCAAGGAACGAGAAAAGGAACUCCGAGACAUUAUGAAAUACGUCAAGCGUUCUGCACAAGCGUUUGAGGAGGACAGUGAAAAAAUCUUCCUCCGAUUGCUGCGCACCGUUGAAAAGAAGCAUUCGGAGGUGAAAGAGCAGAUCAGAGCUGAGGAGAGGACAGCUCUCAGCCAGACGGAGAAGCUUCUAGAACGACUGAGUCAACAGAUAGUUGAACAAAGAAGAGGAGAGGCCGAGCUUGAUGCGCUCUCGAACACUGAGGAUCAUAUCCAUUUCCUACAGAACUAUAAGGCGCUCUGCGCUCCACCUGACACUGGAGGUCGGCCCAGCAUUGAUGUCCAUCCGUACUUUCCUUUGCUGAUAUUGAGAAAAGCUCUGACAGAGCUGAGAGAUAAAGUCAGCGAGGUCUGUGACAGAGAAUCGACGAAGAUCUCAGAAUUAGUCGAUGAGCACGACCAGUCAGCUGAAAACUCCCCGAGUUGUCCGUUGAACACUGAAACAGCCCAUAGACAUUUACAACAGACUGAGCCGAGGACCAGAGGAGACUUCUUACAAUACUGCUGUGAUUUGACAUUAGACUUAAACACCGCCAACUAUUUCCUCCGUCUUUCUGGAGAUCACACAGAGGUCAUGGCAGUCCCGGAGCCUCAGCCGUACCCCGAUCACCCCGAGCGCUUCAGCAGCUGGGCUCAGGUCCUGUGCACUGAAGCUCUGUCUGGAUGCGGAUACUGGGAGGUGGAGUGGGGCGGUGCUGGAGGAGCUUCUAUUGGAGUUUCCUACAAAUCAAUUCCCAGGACUGGAGGGACUAUGGACCGAAAACUGGGAUGCAACUCAAAAUCGUGGAGUUUAGAUUUCUCCGAUUCUCUUUGUUUGUUCCGGCACAGUGAGUUUAGUGUAGAAAUACACACUCCAACGCCACACAGAGUCGGCGUUUAUCUCGAUUGUGGUGCUGGAACUCUUGCGUUUUAUAGCGUUUCUCUGGCAGACGAUACCAUGUUUUUGCUGCAUCGAGAGCAGACUGUGUUUGCCCAACCUCUCUACCCUGGUUUCUGGGUUGGACUGGGGUCCACUUUGAAACUCUGUCGAACUUUCAGCUUCUCAACUUAGUAAUUCAUUCUGUGCACUCAUUUUGUUUAAAAGGCAGUUCA